AUGGAUACAGAAAAAGAACCAAUUAGAAGAAAACGUAGAGACCUAACAUCUGGUGCAUUAGGACGAUAUCAUCUCAGAAAUUGGAGGCAAACAUUCUAUAAAACUGUUGACUCAAAAAUUCUCCAAAUUCAAAGGGCAAAGUCUCCAAAAAUGAAAAAGAGACUCUGUAGAUAUUUCAAUUAUUGGCUUGAUGAAAGAAGGGAUUAUUUCACAACAAAUUUAAGAAAACCAUACCGUUUAUUGGGAAAUAUUAAUAAUCUUUGGGCAGAAAAUCAGGAUUAUGUAGUUAAUAAAUUAAAAUCAUCAAUCAAUGAUUCAUGUCAAAGGAGAGAGAAUAAGGAUAAGAAAGAUGUAAGAGAUAAAAAAAAAGUUAUGGAAGAUUUUUGUGAGGAUAAAGAGGAACAUUUACAAGAAUUAAAUGAAAAUAUAACAGAAGAGAAAUGUACAAAAUACAAUAAUUGGUUAGAUGAGAAAAAAAAAUUUUUUGAAAGUAAAAAAUGGAUUAAUGAACAAAUGACAUUUGAUGAAAAUUUAGAAAUUUCUGAAAACUGUACACUUAAUAAUAUGAAUACGUUUGUUACUAGUUCAGAAUGUUCAAGAAUCAAUAAAAAAGAAAACGAUUCUUGUGAUUCUAAAAUAUCAGAAAAAUGUAAUCAAUCUCAACGUUUAACUCCUGGUAGUUCAUCUGGUAAUGUAUCUGAUCACUCUACAAUCGAAACUACUACAAAAAAACCAAAUGAUACUACUAAUUUAUCUACCACUACAAUAAACUCCACAACUACAACUGAAAUUACAUCAAAUACUUCAAUUGAAUCUACUACCUCAACACCAGGAUCUACACAAAAGUUAACAUCAACUAUUGUGUCUAUACAAUCAGAUCCAAAUUUACCUAUACCUGCACCUCUAAAGGCAAGUGAACCUGAAAUCUCACAAAGAGAUGUGUCUCCUACUACUCCAACACCAAUAUCUACACCAAAGUUAGCAUCAACUACUAUGUCUACACAUUUAGAUGAAGAUUUACCUAUAGCUUUACCUGUAAAGGCAAUGAAUCCUAUAGAAAAACAAGUUAUAAAUGAUAAUAUUCCAACAUCUAGAAAUGAUGUCAUAUCUCCAUCUGUUAACGCUUCAAGUGAAUCUUCAAUUUCUCCUACAUUUGGAUCUAUAAAUACAAAUAUAUCUGGAAAUUCACAAACAGAAUUGUCUCCAACUACUUUAACAUCUGCACCUAACAUUACUUUACCAUCUACUGCCACUCCAACAAAUAUAAUUACAACUAUUCAAGCACCUAAAACUAAUUCCACAUCAUCAUCUUCUAACACCACUUUAAAUAUACCGUCAAUUUCUCCUACAUCUGCAAACGUAAAUAAAACUCAACCAACAACUAUAUUUGAAACUACUAUAUCAACUGGAAAUACAUCCACAUCUACAUCUACUACCAUAGCUGCGAAUAUAUCUGCAAAUUUAUCUAUAAGUACAUACACAAAUACAAAUACAUCUUCAAAUUUACCUACACGUACGUCUACAAAUUCAAGUAUAUCUACAACUAAAUCAACUAUAUCUAGUACUAUUCUUACACCAAAAACUAAACUACAAACAAAAAAUAUAUCUACUCAUGCAGUUAAAUCCAUAAAUGAAACUACAUCUAAAAAUACAACUAAGAUUAUUUCAAGUAAUAAAAUAUACAAUUCUACUUUUUUCAUUGAUAAUUCUACGUUUAGUUCUUCCAUGAAUACUUCUCUUACAUAUAAAAAUUAUUAUGUAAAUGGAAACCACUCUAAUGAUAAUAUACCAAAUAUUGCAUCUAAUAACAUUCUAACUACUACUCCACUACCUGCCCUGAAUGCUACUACAAAUGUAACAUCUAAUAACAUUCUAACUACUACUCCGAUACCUACCCAAAAUACUACUCCAAAUGUAACAUCUGAUAAUCCUGAUACUCCCAUAUGUACAUUAAAUUUCCCUGUGUUGAUUGCCCUUUCAUUGGGUGCAUCACUUUUAUUAAUUAUUUUCCUUUUCGCCAUUCUUUAUAAGCAUAGACCUACUAGAUUUUUACCUGGUAGUAAAGGAUCAAAGAAAAAGAAAAAGCAUGUAAAGAAGAAAAAUCAUAAAGAAAGUUCAAUAAGUUAUAUAGGGACGCCUUUAGAUAUUCCAUAUGAAUUACUAGAAAGUAAUAUUCAACUCAAUAAUGUAUGUAACAAAACCAAUAAUUCAUUAUGCAGUAUUGUAUUUGAAAAUGACAUAAGUAACGCACUUACAGAAAAAUCAGAAGAAAAUGAAAUAAAUAUAAAAACAAUAGGUGAUAUUGCGGUAACAAGAGAAAAAUUAAAGUGGAAGAUUAUAUUAAAAACAUAUAUGAUAGUUAUAGACGAAUGUAAAAAGGAGGAAUGGGAAAAGAACAGGAGAAUAUUUUUUGAAAUUUGUUUGGAAGUAUUAAAAAAAGAAGGCAUAUAUUCAGAUGUAACAAUUGAUAUGGAGAAAAAAGAUAAUAUUACUAUUAUGUUAGAAAAAAGAAAGUUUCUGUGGGAACAAUAUAUAAAAGGACAUGGGAAGAUAUUAGAAAAAUGUAAAAAGGAUAUGUGGUUUGAAAAUUUGAAGAGGGAAUGGAAAGAAGAGGAAGAUAACUAUUCAGAAAUAAUAAAAGAAGAAAGGAUAAUAAAAAGUACAGAAAAUGAUUUAAAUAAUCCUUUGGAAAAACAAAAAAUAAUAUGGAGGAAUUGGUUAAAAAAGCAUAUAACGUGGUUGCAUGAUUCUGAUUACCAAAAAUUGUUUGAUGAAUUAUUAGAAACGUAUAAAAUAGAAGAAGAAGAAGAAGAGGAAGAAAAAAAAGAAAAAGAAAAAGAAAAAGAAAAAGAAAAAGAAAAUAUAGGAUCAUAUAGUGAAGAAGGAAAUAUUAAUAUGGAAAGAGAAAAAAAAUCAGAUAAAGAUUCGAAGAAAAAUAAUUUAAAAUUGAAAUUAUGGAUUAAUAUGCAUAUGAUGGCAUUAGAGGAGUAUAAAAAAGAGGAGAGGAUGAUGAACAGAAAUAAGUUUCUUAAAAAAUGCAUUGAAGAAUUAAAAACAACGAUAAAUCCAGAAGAUAUAUUGGAAAUAGAAAAAGAAAUAAGAGAAGAUAUUACAUUAGAAAAUAAAAAAGAAGAAUUAGAAAAAUUAAUAAGAGAAAAUUGGUUUAUUGAAUUGAAAAUAGAUUGGAAUAACAGAAAAAAAAAAUAUAUGGAAGAGUUAAGCAAAAAAGUCUUUCCAGAAAAUAAUGAAGAAAUAAUUAAAAAUUUUAUGAUAUAUGAGCAAGGAAUUAUAUGGAAGAAAUAUUGGGUAGAAAUGAAUAAGAAAUGGAUAGAAAAUGAAACCAUGAAAAAAUGGCUUGUAAAUUUGAUAGAAGAAAAUGAAAUUGAAGAUGAAAACAAAGUGAAAAUAAAAGAAAUAAAAGAUGAACUUGAAGAAUAUAAAGAAGAAACAAAUACAAACAAAAAAGGAGGAAAAGUAAAAGAAAAAAAAAUGAAGGACGAAGAGGUACAAAUGGAAAAUAAGAAAAAUUUUAAGACAUUGAAAAAAAAACCAAAGUGGAAAACUAUGGUAGAAAUACACAUGAUUAUAAUGGAAGAUUGUAUACAAAAAGAGUGGGAAUUGAACAGAGAAAAUUUUUUGAAAAUUUGUUUGGAUGAAUGGAAAUGUGGUGAAAGAUCAUAUGGAAAUAUAAUAGGAACAAAAAGUAUAAUGAAUUUAGAAGAAAGUAGUAUUAUUGAAUUAGAAAGACAAAAAAUGUUUUCUAGGAAAUUGACAGAAAGACAUAAGAAGAUGUUAGAAAAAUGGAGAAAAGAACGAUGGUUUAAUAGUUUAAAGGAGGAAUGGAAAAAUGAAAAAAAUAUACAUGUAGAAACAAUAAAUGAAAAAAAAUCCAAUGAAGGAACAAAUAACAUAGAGAAAAAUAUUGUAUUAGAGAAGAAAAAUGAAAUAUGGAAUCAAUGGAUAAACAAACAAAGAAGAUUAUUUGCACAACAUGAGAAGGAAGCAUUGUUUAAUAAGCUGUUAGACGAGUAUAAUGAGGAAGAAUAUAAGUAUGAAAGAGCAGAUGAGCAAACAAAAGAAAAAAAAAAUAAUAUAGAUAACAUGGAAAGAGAUCCAAAAACAGUUGAUAUAAAAGAUGACGUUAGUGGAAAGAUAGAGAGGGUAAAUUUGAUAUCUAAAUUGUGGAUUGAAAUAUAUAUGAUGAUAUUGGAUCAGUGCAAGAAAGAAGAAAUAGAAUAUAUGAAAAAAGAAUUUCUCAAAACAUAUAUAGAAGGAAAAAAUGGCUAUAAAGGGUUAAAUGAACAUGGAAUUACAAAAAAAGGAAUAAAUGAUGAAGAAAAAGAAGGAAUUAUAAAUGAUAUGAUAGAGAAAAAGAAAGAAAAAUGGGAAUCCUGGAAACGAGAGGAAUGGUUUCAAGAAUUGAAGUUAAACUGGUAUAAAACAGGACAUACAAAUGAUAUAGAAGAAUCAAAAAUAUUAGGUGAUACAAAAGUAGAAAUUAAAAACUUUGUAUUUGAAAGACAAGUAUCUGAGAGACAAUGGCUAGAAAAACAGAGAAAAUUUUUAAAAAAAUGGAAUAAACAAAAAUUAAAAAAAUCUAUGAAAAAUAAAUAUAAAGAUGAACAAAUAGAAGAAAAAAAUAAAGAAAAUGAAGAAAAUGAAGAGAAUGAAGAAGAUGAAGAAAAUGUUCUAAAAGAUAAUUGGGAUAUUACCAUAUUAUAA